ACGCGUCGCUGCCGUUACACAAAGCAGGAAGGGGGGAGGGAGAGGUCUGGGGGGGCUCCCUGUCCUUAUUCCCCUUAAACCCACCCUGCCCAACCUCCCCCCCCCAGAUCCAUCCCCCGCUUGGAAAACACCUCCCUUUAUAACAAAAUAACCAAACCCCAACAAUUCGGGCAAUUCGCACAAUUCCCCCACUCAAUACCGGGCGGUUCGGGGGUGUCCCUGCUGGGACCCGCCCUUUUUUUUUCCCCCUAGGGGUUCCCCCCGCCCAAAUUCCCUUUUUCCAAGGUUUCCCCCCCACUUUUCCCAGCGUUUUUUCCCCGCUUUUUUCCCAGCGGCGCAUCCGGCGGGGAAUGGGAUGACGGGACCUUCCUGUUCCCGGCCCCGUGCCCGCCUCGCGCCCGGGGGACGCCCCCGCCACCACCCCCCCGCACCGCCGAGCCCGACGGGACCCCCGGAGCCGCCCCCGGAGCCCUCCGGAACGCCCCCGGCCCCUCCCGCGCCGCGGAGCCGCCGAGAUUUUAGGGGCUGAGUCCGGAGCAGCUGUGAGACCCUCCCAAGACCCUCAGAGAGCAGGAGCCCCCAUGGAGCAGGACGAGCCGGACGUGGUGGAGCUGCAGGACUCGGACGAGGGGGACGUGGUCCGGAGGGUCUUCAUUGCCGAUGACGGCAUCGUGAGCGACGGCGAGGCCGAGGUGCUGCCUCACGAGAUCAUCCGCACGGUGAUCCCGCACAGCCCCCUGCGCCCCCCGCCGCCCCGCGGGACCCCCGGCCCAGCCCCGGGGGGCUCCGAGGAGGGCGGAGGGCGGCGGGGCGGGGGCCGCCAGCGCCCCUUCAUCUGCAACGAGUGCGGCAAGAGCUUCAGCCACUGGUCCAAGCUGCUGCGGCACCAGCGCACGCACACGGGCGAGCGGCCCAGCACCUGCGGCGAGUGCGGCAAGAGCUUCUCGCAGAACUCGCACCUGGUGCAGCACCGCCGCACCCACACCGGGGAGAAGCCGUACAGGUGCGGCCACUGCGGCAAGAGCUUCUCCUGGAGCUCCAACCUCAUCCAGCACCAGCGCAUUCACACUGGGGAGCGCCCGUACGGCUGCGCCGAGUGCGGCAAGAGCUUCACGCAGAGCAAGAAUCUCAUCAAGCACCAGCGCACCCAUGCCGGGCCGGGGGCAGCGCGGCCACGGCGCUGCGCCCACCCCGCCGGUGCCCCGAGGGCUCUGAAGGGGCCUCGGGUGGGGGGCGAGGGGCCCACAGGGGCCGAGGGCGGCUGUGGGCAGGAGCCGCUGAUCUGCGUGGAGUGCGGGGAGAGCUUUGCCCGGAGCGCCGCGCUCAGGAGGCACCGCCGGGGGCACCGCCCACUCUUCGUGCCCUGA